CAUGUUGACACAUGUCAUUGAAUGGCAUCUAGCCUAGUUGAAACUGAAACAGUAAAAAUAUCAGUCAAAACGUCAAACUAUUAAAGCUGCUGUAUAUUUGAAUUAUCUGUACUUUAUACAGUUGACAUAUACAAGUUAAGGCGCUUUAGUAAGUUUUUAUGUCAAUCUAAAUAUGCAGUAGAUCAUUUGGAUAUAAUUGACGCACACGAUGAAAUAUACAACCUUCGUAAUACUAGCCCAUAUAAUGCGUGUUUGGAUCACGGAUUCCAAUCCUGUAAGAAGGCUUUGUUCAAACUACAACCCAUUCUGCAGAUGCCCCCAAUACAACAACGGAUGUUAUGAAUGUCCCGCUUCAUGUUCAUUUGGAUCGAUUGGCACUUCAACCAGUACGGGUACAGGCUUCACUACAGGAUCUAGUGAGACGACGUCUUCAUAUGGAAGCGGUGAUCAUAAUCGACCUUAUAAUAAUAUGAAUGGUUGUCCCCCACUGACCGUUUCGCCGACCCUAAAGACAGAAUGCCACAUCGACAGAUUUGGUUGUUUCGUAUGUGAUGCAUCGGUUGUUACAACAACACCAACCACCAACCCUGUCCAUACCACGACAGACAUAACGACAACCACCGCUACUCUAACGCAAACAGCGAUCAGUAUAACCUCAAUUUCAACAUCUCCAACAACCGCCAACAAAACAACGACUCAUACAACAACUCUAACAACAACUGUGCCUACUACCGCAACAGCGCCCACGGUUGCUUCUAGUACAGCAUGUCCUCCAUUCCCGAGCGAUUGCCCUGACAUUCGGGGCUGCAUUGACGUGGACGCAAACCUCUGUUCUGUCUGUCUGUGUGCAGGUGGCAACAUGACAACUCUAUCCCCCGGCUGCAGGCCACUAGAGUGUCUGUUGGACUGCGGGAAUCCUCUGACGUACAAGAAGGACGAAACCGGAUGUGACGUGUGCCAGUGUGACAUUUCGAGUUGAUGUUAUUUAAAUUAAGGUACAAUUAAACAUAACAAACAGUACAAAUAAAAACGUGGUCGUGUUAAU